AUAUUUGAAGUUAUACAGUAUGUAUUUGUCUCUCUAAACCUGCUGUUGGGAAACUAAACUAAGAAUGCUGAAGUUGAAAUCUGUGAAAGGUUGAGGAAUCCUGAGAAAAGAGUUGUAGAGUAUUUGAGGAAUGCCCUUUCUUUGAUAAACCAUAAAAUGUGGAGUCACAAGUUCUACCUGAAAAAAGGUGGGUGAACCCCUACCACGCCCGUGCUGAUGGAGAGAUUGCAUAUAGGGGUAGGGGGGAAACCUGCUGGCCGCAUUCUUCUCUUUCAACUGCUCCUCCUGGCCCAUCCCACUCAGCUCUGUGUGGUGACUAUAUAAACAAGGAGGCCAAACUGAAGCCUACAACUGCAGACCAACUCCAGUGAUCCAACUUGAUCAACAUCCAGACCUCCCAGCAUGUCUUUCAGCAGCAAAUCCUACGGUCAGAAGACCAUGAGUGUCUACGGUGGAGCAGGCGGCCAUGGCACCCGCAUCUCAUCCUCCCAGAUGAACUAUGCAAACUCUCCCAGAGGCUUCAACCUCUCUGAUGGCCUGGACCUCCACGUUGGGGCCAACGAGAAGGCCACCAUGCAGAACCUGAAUGACCGUCUGGCCUCCUACCUGGAGAAGGUGCGCACUCUGGAGAAGGAGAACGACCGCCUGGACAAGCAAAUCAGAGACUGGUACCAAACCAGAACCGUCAUCAGCCACGACUACACCCGUUACUUCGUCAUCAUUGAUGACCUGAAGGACAAGAUCCGUAUUGCCUCUCGGCUCAAUGCCAAGACAGUCCUGGACAUCGACAACGCCAAACUGGCUGCUGAUGAUUUCAAAAUGAAAUAUGAGAACGAGCUGGCCAUGAGGAUGGCUGUGGAGGCUGACAUUGCUGGACUGAAGAGGGUGCUGGAUGAGCUGAACCUGGCCAGGAUGGACCUGGAGAGCCAGUAUGAGUCCCUGAAGGAUGAGCUCAUCAUGCUGAAGAGGAACCAUGAGGAGGAGUUGGUUCUGCUGAGGAGCCAGAUGGGCGGACAGGUCAAUGUGGCUGUUGAUGCUUCUCCCUCUGUAGACCUGAACAAGGUGAUGGCAGAGAUCAGGGAACACUACGAAGGCGCCAUCGGCAAGAACCGCAAAGAACUGGAGGCUUGGUACCAGAACAAGAUCUCAGCAGUUGAGCAGGAAGUGGUCACACACACAGAAGUCCUGACGACGUCCCGCACAGAAAUCAAGGACCUGAAGAGCACCCUCCAGAGGCUUCAGAUUGAACUCCAGUCCCAUCUGAGUAUGAAAGCAUCCCUGGAAGGCACUCUUGCGGAGACUCAAGCCCGCUACUCUGCACAGCUGACAAGCCUUCAGAGCAUGGUCACAAGCCUGGAGGCUCAGCUGUCCCAGCUCCACUCCAACAUCGCUAGUAACAAACAGGAGUAUGACAUGCUGCUGGACCUCAAGACCAGGCUGGAGAUGGAGAUCGCAGAGUACAGGAGGCUGCUGGAUGGGGAGGAUGAGAGUACAAAACAAGUGGUCACAAAGGUCAUCACAGUGGUGCAGACAGUUGUGGAUGGAAAGGUGGUGGAGAGCAGCCAGACUGUUGACGUGGAUGUGGAUGAGAUUGAGUCAUAACUCGCUAUAAACAGCAAAAAUCAAUAAAGAUCAUGCAGUUGGCCCUAA